AAUAUUUAUGUGUGGUUGUUCACUUGUUACCGUUUCAGUUGUCGUCAUGCUCGGCGUUACUACAGUUCUCAUAACUUCACUUAUUUUGGUAUCUAGAGUUGCGACUUUUCGAGAUCAAUCUGUUUCCGUUAAAGGAGUCCUAAUCUGUGGGAGUGAGCCAGCUGCCAAUGUUCGCAUAAAGCUGUGGGACGAAGAUUCUGGCCCUGAUCCAGAUGAUCUUCUUGAUCAGGGAUACUCAACUUCAAAUGGAAGCUUCUUCUUAUCUGGAUGGACUACAGAGACUACACCAAUUGAUCCUGUUUUCAAAAUUUACCACGAUUGCAAUGAUGAACGAUUGCCGACUCAUCGAAAAGUAAAGUUCACAAUCCCCGACAAAUAUAUAACCGCUGGUCGCUUUCCAAAUUCAACAAUGGAUGCAGGUGUUAUCCAGUUGGAAUUUGAAUUUAUGAAAGAGGAACGGGUACUUCUCAUUGAUUGAGAACACGAAAAAAAUGUUUUCAGAUUCAAUUUGCUUAUUUUAAUGUAAAUAUUUUCUGUUUAAUAAAAUCCAAUUCUUU